AUGUUCUUCGUUUCUGUGCUCCGUUAUGCACUAUGUAUUCUAGUGCCACUCUCCUUUCUUCUUUCCUCUUACCUGUACCUUUACCCUGUAUUCCAUCUCUGCGCGUUUCCCGCCCCUGAAGACCCUCCCAAGUCAGCAUUUCUGAACACCCUCCGACAGCACACCCUCUCCUCCCAAAAUUCCAGCAAGAUAGCACCCUUCCGACUUCUCACGCUCGGCGACCCCCAACUCGAAGGGGACUCUUCCAUCCCCGACGCAGAAGCUGCCACCUUUCCCAACUUCUCGAAGUUCCGGAGAGAUGCUCUGCUCCUUGAUGGCACGAAGCACAACCCUCUGCAACGACUACGGCAUAGUCUGCACGAUCUAAUCGAUUUCCUCCUCGACGAUAUUCCCAAAGCUCUCGAAGUCUACCGCAAGCGUCUCGAUCACAUUGGCAAUGACUAUUAUCUUGGACACAUAUACCGAACGUUGCAUUGGUGGACGGAUCCUACACAUGUCACGGUCCUUGGGGACUUGGUUGGGAGUCAAUGGAUAGACGAUGAUGAAUUCGAACAUCGCGGAUGGAGAUACUGGAAUCGUGUCUUCAGGGGUGGAAUUCGCGUCUCUGAGGAGGUUGCCUCACAACCCGCGGAAGACUUCCAGGACACCAUCAUACUUGGGGAUGAUGCUGAGGCGUGGAAGAAGAGGAUCAUAAACGUUGCUGGGAACCACGACAUUGGAUAUGCCGGUGAUCUGUCUCAGGAGCGAAUGGCCCGGUUCACACGGGUCUUUGGGAAAGCAAACUACGAGCUACGAUUUCAGCUUCCUGUUAACUCGACGCCGGCCACAAACACAUCGAGAAAGGUUACACUGGAAGGUGGGGAUGACAGUGAAGCAGAUGGAGAGGAAGAGAAACCAGUCCCCGAACUCCGAAUCGUAGUCCUCAAUGACAUGAACCUCGAUACUCCCGCUGGCUCCACGGAACUGCAAGACGAAACCUACAAUUUCCUCAACCAAAUCAUCACCACCUCGCACGAUGUAACGCGGCCCGCCCACUUCACGCUUGUCCUAACACAUAUCCCCAUGUACAAAAAGGGCGGGAUCUGCGUCGACGGGCCGUUCUUCGAUUUCUUCGACGGCGAAUUUAGCGACGGCGUCAAAGAGCAGAAUCACCUGUCUGCGGAUGCAUCGAAAGGCUUCCUGGAGGGUAUCUAUGGCAUGAGCGGCGAUUCCUGGGUCCCAGGCCAUGGAUUCGGGAGGAAUGGAGUGGUGUUGAACGGACAUGAUCACGAAGGCUGCGAUGUGUACCAUUACAUCAACCAGUCGGCGACUCCGGAGCGGUAUUGGCAGGCCGCGUCAUGGGCUGAAGCUGAAUCGGGAAGAUACGACGACGAAGCGGGGGUUGUUGGAUUGAGAGAAAUUACCGUGCGAAGUAUGAUGGGUGAUUUUGGCGGCAAUGCCGGGCUGCUGAGUCUUUGGUUUGAUGAAGAGACGCGGGACUGGAGGUUUGAAUUUGUGAAUUGUAAAUUGGGGACGCAGCAUAUUUGGUGGGUGGUGCAUAUCCUGGAUCUGAUUACAUUCGGCGUUGGGAUUGCGUACGCUGGCUUCGUGCUCGUGCCAAAAGAGCCUAAGAGUAACGAGCAUGCGAAGCGGCCGGAGAAGAAGGAGAAUGGGACAGUACAUAUGCCGAAAAUCGACGGUAAUCUCGACUCUCCAAGAGCAGGAAAGAAAAGUUUUUAG